AUGGUCCCAUGGAAUAUUUUCACGCGGCAUGAACAAGGUCCUCACUGGUAUACGGAUCUCACUGAGCAGAAUGUUUUUUUCUACGCCUUGAUAGGCCCGAGCCAACUACAAAGGUACUCGGACUCGUCGAUGCUUGAACAGACACAUGAACGUCAGUUUGCCAUCGCUCAGCUGGGAACUCGCAAUGGUGGUUUUGAAGCCGACCAUAUUGCGCGCGUGGAGUCGGCCUUUCGGAUUUCGAACCAGCACUUUGCAACUCACCCUCUGGAGGAGCCUUGUCGUCCAACCUCACCUCACGUCGAAGACCUGAUGAACCUGCGGAUACGGUCUCGCUCCUUCAGCCCAUUACCAACCUUGGAGAUAGAUGCUCAGUCUGGAGCUGCGUCUUCCUCACCGCCACCUAUCAUGCCGCUGCAAAAGCCCCCGCGGUCUAUCUUGAAUCUCCACGAACUCAUGAAUCCUGACCCACCACCGGCUGCAAAGUCGAAAAGAGAGAUGUCCGAUGACGACGACGACAUGCCUCGAAUUCAAGCUGAGGGGUGCCCUGGGAGGCAUGAGAUUGAUAAUGACCACGGUCCCAACAACCCGCCCCCGUUCACAUACCCUCGAGCCAAACAAAUGCCCCGUGAGGGUGGGCCCGUCCGAACUCGCAGAGUCAUUAGAAUGCGACGGCCAAAGCCACCGAGGCACCGUUCACGAGGAGAUCCCCGGAAUGCUUGUCAACUUGAGAAGGACUGUCAGCUUCUGCUUAACCUGUCACAAUGGAGUCCGCCAGAGGGCUUAUGA